AUGCCGCCACCCUCCCUUCUGCUCCUCCACUGCCGCGCCCCGCUCCCGCACCGCUCCCUCCGGAUGAGCUCCCCGUCGCCGAGCAGGGUCGUCUGCUCCGUCUCCUCCGCCGACGGCUACGUCUCCGCGGCGCCGAUCCUCCUCCCCGACGGCCCCUGGAAGCAGGUAGAAGGCGGCGUCACGGCCGCCAAGGGGUUCAAGGCCGCCGGCAUCUACGGAGGCCUGCGCGCCAAGGGCCAGAAGCCUGAUUUGGCGCUCGUUGCCUGCGACGUCGACGCCACCGUCGCGGGAGCUUUUACAACAAAUGUGGUUGCUGCUGCGCCUGUUCUGUAUUGUAAGCACGUCCUUACUUUGUCGAAAACUGCCCGCGCUGUGUUAAUUAAUGCUGGUCAAGCAAAUGCUGCCACCGGUGAUGCGGGAUAUCAGGAUACAGUGGAUAGUGCAGAAGCAGUUGCCAAGCUUUUGAAUGUGAGCACAAAUGACAUAUUGAUCCAGUCCACUGGGGUCAUUGGUCAAAGAAUAAAGAAGGAAGCACUUCUGAAUUCACUUCCUAGACUUGUAGGCUCGCUAUCUUCAUCUACUGAGGGUUCAAAUUCUUCAGCUGUGGCCAUUACAACUACAGACCUUGUUAGCAAGAGCAUUGCUGUCCAAACCGAGAUUGGAGGAGUGCCUAUCAAAAUAGGAGGAAUGGCCAAAGGUUCUGGGAUGAUUCAUCCAAAUAUGGCAACAAUGCUUGGUGUUCUGACAACUGAUGCUCAAGUGAGAAGUGAUGUUUGGAGAGAAAUGGUCCGGACAUCAGUUAGUAGAAGUUUCAACCAAAUUACUGUGGAUGGUGAUACAAGUACCAAUGAUUGUGUUAUUGCUAUGGCUAGUGGAUUAUCUGGUUUAUCCGACAUUCUCACUCAUGAUAGCGCUGAAGCUCAACAGCUUCAAGCAUGCCUAGAUGCAGUAAUGCAAGGUCUUGCAAAAUCCAUAGCAUGGGAUGGUGAGGGUGCGACCUGCUUAAUUGAGGUUACUGUAACAGGGUCAAAUAACGAGGCAGAAGCAGCUAAAAUUGCUCGUUCAGUGGCAUCGUCCUCCUUGGUUAAAGCUGCUAUAUUCGGGCGAGAUCCGAACUGGGGACGUAUUGCUUGCGCUGUCGGCUAUUCGGGCAUUCACUUCAAUGCGGACCAACUUGAUAUUUCUCUUGGAGUUAUUCCACUAAUGAAAAAUGGCCAACCACUCCCUUUUGACAGAUCCGCGGCUAGCAAGUAUCUUAAAGAUGCCGGAGACAUCCAUGGUACGGUGAACAUCGAUGUAUCAGUGGGGAGUGGAGGAGGCAGUGGAAAGGCGUGGGGCUGUGACCUAAGUUAUAAGUAUGUUGAAAUAAAUGCUGAGUACACAACAUGAAACCUGUAGUCUUUCGUGAAAAUUUGUCUGCAUUGGUCUGGGGCUCUUUGGACGCAGCUACAGUUCUGAACAUUGUAUGAUAUUGAAAAGAUAGUGUUGUUGUACCAAUAGGUUGAACAUGUAUUCUUUGCUACAAGAAUGUGCUAAAGUAUUUUAGGACGACAUGUGAAAAUUUUCUGCCGUCCUUCUCAGUUAUGAUUGAUAAUGAAGGAUGCCCUUACCAAAUAAAGUUUGUUUGGAGUUUGUGUACGCUUUCGCCUG